AUGUACAGCCAGCGGUUUGGCAUCGUACAGAGAGAGGUUAAGGGGCCCACUCCCAAAGUGGUGAUCGUGAGAGCCAAGCCUCCCAAAGGCCAAGGAGCUGAGCAUCAUCUGGAAAGAAUCCAACAAAGUCAUCAGAAACAUCAUGCUAUUUUGGCCUCCAUUAAGUCAUUCGAGCGGGAUCGCUUGAAAACUGAGUGGGACCAGCACAAUGACCGAAAGUUUGUGGACAGUCUUGUGAAAGCAAGAGUCACAGAUGCCAUGCAAGGGUUUAUCAUCAACACUGAAGAAAGACGAAAUAAGUUACGUGAACUUUUAGCAUCAGAAGAAAAUGAGUAUUUUACUGAAAUGCAAUUGAAAGAAGAAACAAUUGAGGAGAAAAAAGAUAGAAUGAGAGAUAAAAUAAGACUAUUAAGAGAGAAGAAAGAAAAAGAGAGACAGGAUUUUGUGGCUGAAAAGCUAGACCAGCAAUUCAGGGAACGCUGCCAGGAGCUUCGCUCUGAGCUGUUUUGUAUCCAUCAGAAGACCGUGUGCGAGGAGCGGAAAGCUCAGAUAGCGUUUAACGAGGAGCUGAAAAGGCAGAGGGUGGUGGAAGAGCAUAUGUUCUCAAAACUCUGGGAGGAAGACCGCCUGGCCAAAGAGAGGCGAGAGGCUAAGGAGGAGAGGCGGCACAAGGAGCUCGUGGAGAACACGCGCCUGGGGCUAAAUGCCCAGGUCGCCAGCAUCCAGGCGCAAAGGCAGGCGGCGCAGCGGCUGAAGGAGGAAGAGGCGCGCCUUGUGGAAAAUGAAAAUGCACAGGUGAAACUUGAGAAUGAACAAGAUAAGCUAAAGAAACAGAAGACAAAACAGGAAACAAGGGCUGCUUUGCAAAAAGCCCUCCAAGAGAAGAUGGAGCGUAUGCAGCAGGAAUACAGAGAAGAGCAGGACUUGAACAUGAAGCUCAUGCAAAAUGCCCUUCAAAAUUUACAGGAUGAGACUGAUAAAAAGAAGCAAAAAAAAGAGGAUAUGAGAAGAGAACAGAAGAUCUAUUAUCAAUACUUGGCACAGCGGCGUGAGGAAGAAAAAGCUCGGGAGAAAGAAUUGGACAGAAUGUUAGAGAAAGAGAAGGAAAAGAAAUUUGCCGAGAAGGACACGGAGCUGAGACUUGAAAAGGAGGCGAGGAAACAGCUUCUGAGCGAGGUCAUGUGCACAAGAAAACUUCAAGUUCAAGAGCAGUUGCAACGGAAAGCAAAAGAACAGGAAGAACGUACUAUGGAACAGGAACGCAUAAAUGAAGGUCUUAAAGAGCUUAACUGUGAAGAGAGGGAGAAUUUUACAAGACGCUGCAGUUUAGCCCAGGAGUACAGGAAGCAACUUCAGAUGCAGAUAUGCUCCCAGCAGCAGGCUCGGGAAGCAGAAAGGGAAGAGGAGCGCCGAGAGUUUGAAGCGGGGAUAGCAGCAGAAAAGAACUUCCAGGACAAGAUCCAGGAGAUCCUGUCCACCCACCCAAUGGUGCCCCGAAACAUCCAUCCCAUGCGAAGGGCAUGUCCUACUAAGCUUCUGCCAUAG